AUGUUGGAGAAUAAUUAUACCAUGCCAAAUGAGUUCAUUUUUGUUGGAUUCACAGAUUAUCUACCUCUUAGAGUCACGCUAUUUCUGGUAUUUUUCAUAGUUUAUACAUUAACUGUGGUAGGAAAUAUGGGCUUAAUAAUUUUAGUUAAUGUCAAUUCAAGCCUUCAAACCCCCGUGUAUUAUUUUCUUAGAAACUUGUCUUUCUUAGACAUCAGUUACUCUACAGCAAUUGCUCCUAAAAUGCUGAUGAAUUUCUUAGCAUCUAGGAAGAGUAUCUCUACCUAUGGAUGUGCACUACAAAUGUUUUUCCUUGCUUGUUUUGCUGAUGCUGAGUGCCUCAUCCUGGCAGCAAUGGCAUAUGACUUCUAUGCAGCCAUCUGUAACCCACUGCUCUAUUCCACGCUUAUGUCUAGGAGAGUCUGCAUCUGUUUCAUUGUGUCGGCCUACUUAAGUGGAAGGAUGACUUCAGUGGUGCAUGUGUGCCUCACAUUCAGGCUUCCAUUUUGCAGCUCCAAUGUUGUCAACCAUUUUUUUUAUAUCCCCCCUCUCCUGGCUUUAUCAUGUGCAGAUACCCAUAUCAAUGAGCUUCUGCUCUUUGUCUUGUGUGGCUUCAUCCAGACCAGUACUUUCGUGGUCAUAUUUAUCUCUUACCUCUGCAUCCUUAUUACUGUUUUGAGCUUCAAGUCCUCAGGAGGCAGAAGCAAGACAUUUUCUACCUGUGCUUCCCAUCUCAUAGCAGUCACCUUAUUCUAUGGGACACUCUUGUUUAUGUACUUACGUCCUACCACCAGGUAUUCUCUAGACACUGACAAGAUAGUUUCAGUAUUUUAUACAGUUGUCUUUCCCAUGUUUAACCCAAUAAUCUAUAGCUUCAGAAAUAAAGAUGUGAAGAAUGCUCUCAGAAAACUAUUAGAAAGGUACUGGACUUUCAAAUAA